CUAGAGACUAGACAUGUAGUAGGACACGUAAUGGACACGUGGUGUUUCCGGCUAGAUUGAGCGAACUUUCCGGCUAAGAGAUACAGAUAAUGUCGCUUGAAGGUACAAAGGAUGGGCUGGAGAGGAGGCACGUACACGCCGUCUACUCCCAGAUAGCGAGCCAUUUCAGUGACACGAGGUACAAACCCUGGCCAAAAGUUGCUGACUUCCUCCGCAAGCUUCCACCCGGAAGUAUCGUCGCUGACGUAGGUUGUGGAAAUGGAAAAUAUUUGUCUGUGGCAUGCUCUGGAUACACAAUUGGAUGUGACAUGUGUCCCGAAUUAGCCUGUAUAGCUGGUGGAAGAGGUCACGAGGUCGCAGUAGCAGACUGCCUGAACUUGCCUUUCCGGACUAACUCGUUUGACGCGGUGAUCAGCAUAGCAGUGGUGCACCAUUUGUCCAGUGGCUCCCGCAGGCUCCAGGCUCUAAGAGAGCUGAUCCGGGUGACGAGGAAAGGAGGAACUAUUCUGGUGUAUGUGUGGGCCAUGGAGCAGGAGAGGAAAAAGUUUACAGAGCAGGACGUGCUUGUUCCAUGGCACCUACAGCCUCGCUAUGUCUCUGGGUCAGCUGGAGCUGAGGCUGCGAAGAAGAAAAAGAUGAACAGAAAACAGAGAACAAGAAGAAGGAAGGAGCAGCAAGAUAAAGAGGGAGGAAGAGGGGGAGAGGGAGGAGAG